UCUCUGUCCAUGCUUGCAACGCUCUCAUCGUGUUUGUUGAUCUUGCGGACUGCGGGGGUGUCUUGGUUGCCUGGAGAUUCCGAAAUCUAGUCGCACACUUUCUCUCCCUCCCAGCUGCGAGGAUGGAGGGCCCGGCCGAGUCGCCGAUACACACGGGGAACAUCAAGCGCAUUCGACAAGCCUGCGCUAGCUGCAGGCGGAAGAAGACAAAGUGUUCCGGGGAAAGACCCGCGUGCUUCUAUUGCCGCCGUAGCAAUCGCCCUUGUGUCUACGAGCCAUACUCGGCAACUAUCGCCGAUAACUCAGCGUCCUCUCCAUCGACAACCUCAAAGGUGACACCAGAAGAAAACAGCACGGAGCUUUUACAGAGGAUCGCUAUGAUUGAGUCCCGACUUGCGGAGCUCAGUGGUAGAUCACUAAAUCGGGCAAGCAGUGUUUUUUCGGGUUCGCCUAGCCCAGAGGCCAUUGCCACGUCGCAAAAUAUCACAGGCAUCGUCCCCUCACCUCCACAACCAUUCAUACCAUUAAAAGCUUCAAUGUUAUGCGAUGGUUUGCCACCUCCCCCUGUACUCUGGUCUCUCGUCGACACAUACUUCGUACAUGCCCAUAACCAACCCUAUGGAUACUUCCGGGAAGCUUCCUUCCGACAGAAAUUGGAGAGCGGUCUUCUUCCUAAGUGUCUCGUCUUUGCCGUAUUAGCGGCUGCUGUUCGAUUCUCAACCCACGAAUAUUUCGGCGGAAACGUCCGCGAGGCAUCAGAAGCAUAUGCACGAGAGUCGUGGCUGGGGGUCCUCGCGGAGCACAUGACUGUGGAGGGCGGUUUAAACGUCCAUGUGGUGCAAGCCGUGGACUUGCUUUCCGUUCUCGACAAUGCAGCAAGCCGUGCUAGUUCGACCUGGGUGAAAAUUGGUCUUGCUGCCCGGAUUUCCCAAAACCUUAACCUCAUGUCCGAGCCUAACAAGUGGCUUUCGUAUGUUGACCAGGAGGAACACCGUCGGGCAUUCUGGUCGACAUAUCUUGUAGACAAACUAAUUUCAUGCGGUCGAUCUCGCCCUCUGGCUAUCCUGGAUGAGGACUGUAAUGUCCAGCUUCCCUGCGACGAAGAGACAUUUCGGAAAGGUGAAUGGAAGAAAACCUAUACCCUGGAUCAGCUGCUCAGUUGGGACACUCAUGUGACCGAACCACCGAGCCCAUUUGCCUUGACCAUUCUGAUGGCGUCGAUAUUCGGGCGUUGCACGAGAUACGUGAACCGGAAAUCCGGUGUUGACAACGUUCCGCCCUGGGACACGAAUUCCGAAUUUUCGUCCCUUAAUUCUUCUCUCCUGCUGCUCGAGUCCUAUUCAAAGAUCGGCAGCAGACCAAUUUCUGUUGUCCUUCUUGAAAAUUCGCGGCCUGACGGAAGCAUCGAUCGCCAACAGGUCGGACAUCUUGUAUUUGCCCAUACCCUAUUUCACUUGUGCUACUGUCUUCUCAACCAUCCAUUUUGCCUUCGUCAUCGACUCAAGAGGUUUGGACGCAAGAUUCCCCGUAGCUUUCCUUCUCGUGCACUUCAGGUGUGUCGAGAGCAUGCAAAGCAGCUGUUGGAUCUUCUGAUCGACUCGACUCGAUCCGGCUGUCUUAUUGAAUCUUCGUUUUAUGCAUACUGUUUAGCCAUCGCGGGUGGGAUCCAUUCUUUGAUUUUCCACUUUGAAAGUCAGAAUGUUAGUAGUGGAUCUUCCGAGGCUCUGAAGUAUUUUCAGCAAAGCAUGGACAUGCUGAACACGCUAGCUGGCAUAUGGGAUCAUGCUUCAAAUAUUGCUUCCCGGCUCCAAACCUUUCAUGCGUUAUCGUGCAGAUUUGCCAAUCUUCUCAAUCCCGAUUGUCUCACUGAGGAGCUGGAACCCGGCUCCGAGGAUAUAAUGUUAUCCAUGCUCGAUUAUGGGGUAUUGGGAACUCCAGCUCACACAAAAGUGCCGGAGUCAGCUCCUCCCGUUUCGACCAUGCCAUCAACACCACCCUGGGCUUUGAGCACAGAUGUUGGAACGCCGCCAAGGCUCGGAACAGAUUCAGAUCUCUUCAGUGAGAUCCCACCUGGCGUGAGGAUCAACGAGAUUGAAUAUCUCCUGAAUUGCGCUGCUGGUGGAAAUGGGAUCUUAUAA